GAAAAAAUUCAAAGUUUUAUUCAUUUCGUACAUCAACUACACAGUCGUACGAUGCAAGCCCCCGUCGUAACGGAAACUUGUCAAACCAACGAAGAAGGAGAGCAGCUUGUGCUCCGCCUGAGAGCUCCAGUUGAGCGUCCACGUGUCACUUGGGGAGCGGGAGUAAUUGAUAACGAACACAUGGGACGUCUCAAAUCCAAUUGCUGUUGCAUCUACACUCCGCCUCGUGUCUGGGAUGAUCCGUCAACUUGGGAGCCGGAGGAGCAUGAGACGGAGCACUGUCGUGGACAUACUCUUCCAGAGAAGAAGCAAAAGCCACAAGGAGGACAUGGUAGCGAUAAAGAUGAAGAUAAGGGAAAUUGUGGAUGUGAUCAUUGUUGAAACUCGAAGAUUUAAAAAUUAUUAGGAAAUUUAUGUAGAUUUUAUUGUAAAUUAAUCUAAAUGACCCAUCAUGCCUUUGUUCUUAUGUUUUUGUAUUGAAUAUUACUUUUCUGCGGUCAUAAAAAUGAAAAA